CCGGGGGAGGAAGACAUGAGGCGGUGUUGAGAGCCGAUCUGCGGAGCUGAAAUGAAGCGCGCGCUCGCAUCGACUCACACCGUGCCGACAGCAGUGCCGUUCGGUUCAGGCAGAGGCUCCGCUCCGCUCCAGCUGAAGUCUGCUCCGGCUGAAUGAAGGGCUCCGUCCAUGCGGAGGCUAGCGCUCUUUCUGCUGCCCUGUGCUGUCGCCGUCCUGGUGCACUUGUGGUUGGCACAACGACCCUCCUUCGCCCCGCUGGACAACAACACUCACCCGGAUGCGCCUUUGCCUUUCUAUGAAGUCCUGGUGGGAGUGCUGUCAGCCAGACACCAUUACGAGCUGCGACAGGCGAUAAGAGUGACCUGGCUGGGGUACAUUAGAGAUCACCCUCACUUCCAGCACAGAGUGGCGGUGAAGUUUAUCGUGGGUCAGCAUGGAUGUCCCAUUCCAGAGGAGGACAGGGAGGAUCUUUACUCCUGCUCCCUCUUGAACUUCAGUGAGCCAGUGACCGGGCAGGAUGCGGAGAUAGAGACCGUUACCGUGCCUGACCCCUCGGUGCUCGUCCCCGCGGAUGUUUCUGCCAUCGCCCUGGACUUCAAGGUCCUCCACCCAGUGGUCAUCACCAGACUCGGGGUGUUUCCCAGCGGGACCCGGCCCGAGCUUCAAAGCAAUGUGACGGUGAAGCUUCUGCAGCUGGAUCAGGAGGAAGCUGUGGUUACUGCUCGCUUCAGCUCCAUCAGCACCGGGACCAUGGUGAACUGGGUCUGGUACAAACCUGUGGAGCAGUUCAUCUUACCCAAGGGAUUCGAGGGAACGCUGGUGUGGGAGAGUCCGGACUCGACUCCACUGACUACAGUAAACUCCUCCUCUGUGGAGCUCAACGAUGGAGGAGGUGUCCUCAAGUUCUCCUCUAUUGCAGAGGGCGUUCUGCCACACAGAAGUGCUCUGGGAUUUCCUGGUUUAGCUGGAGGCUUUAGGUUUACCAUCUACGAUGAAGAGGGGCUGACGGGACUCCUGCAGGGCCGCUCAACCCGGAUGGAGGCGCACGCCUCCAGGCUGAGGCAGGAGGACGCCGCGUUGCAGGAGGAGAGCCUCCGGCAUGGGGACAUGGUGUUUGUAGACGUGGUGGACACUUACAGGAACGUGCCUUCCAAACUGCUUCAGUUCUAUAAAUGGUCAGUGGGCAGCGCCGACUUUAAUCUGCUGCUGAAGACGGACGACGAUUGCUACAUCGACGUGGACUCUGUAUUCAUGAAAAUUGAUCACAAAGAUCUCAAGCGCAAGAAUUUCUGGUGGGGGAAUUUCAGGCAGAGCUGGGCGGUGGAUCGCAUCGGGAAGUGGCAGGAGCUGGAGUACGCCAGCCCGGCCUACCCGGCGUUUGCCUGCGGCUCGGGCUACGUGGUCUCCCACGAUCUGGUUCAGUGGUUCGCCGGUAAUGCAGAGAAACUGAAGGCUUAUCAGGGAGAGGACGUGAGCAUGGGGAUUUGGAUGGCAGCCGUCGGACCGCAGAAAUAUCAGGAUGCCGGCUGGUUGUGUGAGAAAGAGUGUUACCUGGACAUGCUGUCGUCACCACAACACUCAUCCCAGGAGCUGAUCGCCCUCUGGGACAGGAAGAGGACCUGUGGAGACCCCUGUGGUUGUCCCUAAACAGGGUUCACGGGACCCUCACCAUGUUGCACUGUGGGUAAAACACACCUAGCGCUGGUUCUCAGAUCGACCAAAUGAACCGUCCGAUAUGAUUAAAAAAACACUCGAAAUCUUCUCUUAAUUUCAUGAACUUUGCAGAUUCUUAGUAUUAAUAAAAUCCAACGGUUGCUGAUUUAGUUGUAAACCCACGUUAUGCUCUCGGAAAAUUUUCUUAGUCAAUAAAAACAGCAAAACGUUUGAAAUGUAAUGAGAAUAUUUUCGUCAUCUAACUGUGAGACUAAAGAAAUCAUGUACAGAAUCACUGCUGUAAGGUAGAAUAUGAUUAUUGAUGUAUAUUAUAUUGAUUACCCAUAACUACAGUAGCACACGUUUGUCCUCAGAUUUAUAAAAAAAUAUUUUUUUAUUUAGUUGUUUUUGAAAUCCUCGUCAGUUCUUCUUACCUGUAGAUUUCCAACGGUCAUGCCCACAAGCUGCUGCUGUUACUGUGCACAUAGUGAGUGAUGUGGCCUUUUGCAUAUGUGAUUUCAUUUUGUGUGUGUGUGUGUCUUUUGGAGUGACUGAAACACACUUAGCAGAUUUUCUGAAGCCCUUAAAGGUAAUAAAAAACACUGAAGGGA